CUGCCUCAGGCGAGGAGAGAAACAAGAAGACAAAACCACGUCCUGUAUCAACGACUCGCUGCACUCAUCGCUGCACUCAUCGCUCCAAGCGCUCUCACCCAGCGGCACUUCCGCUCCCCUCUCUCUCUGGGACUUUCAUCCUCUCCGUUGUUCUGCACUUUUUGCGAACUCUUUUCUUUUGUUUGUAAUUCGAUUUAAUUGUCAGAUCGUUUCCUUAAUCCACGCGUGUGUGUUUUUUCCCUUCUGGGGGUGACUGAAGACUCACUGCAUGCACUUGUUGUUGUGGAUGGUCCAGCAGCAGAUGUUUUAUCUUCAUCCGCAUUCCAGCUGCUUAUCCAAACGAAGUGUUCUUCAGGUGGAUGUGGAUUGGAAGAAAGAGACUGAUCCUGAGAAGAAAGUGAGAGGAAAGUGGAUAUUUACUGGUACUGAGAAGGCACAAACAGCAUUGUCCUGCAGAUAAACCUAGGAAAGAGACCACAAGUCACUUGGAGAAAGAAGUUGCAUUGCACCUGUUGGAGCAACAAGGAGAGUAGAAGUUCCACCUGACUGUCCUCCAUCUCCAGCUCUGACUCCCUGCCAGAUCUCAUGCCCCUGGGCAAUCACCCGUCAUUACAGUAAAAAGUUCAGCCCUCCCUACCCAGGGAACUUGAAGGAUCAGAGGGAAAGCCUCCAUCCAAAGUAAACAAGAAGAACAAAAAGGUGCACGCAACCUGCACUCCAAGUACACCAGUUGGAUAAACAGGACUCCACAAAGCUUUGUGAAUGUACAGUAUGAUGAUGGAAACGGACUUACACUCCCCCGGGGUACAGCCCCCUAGCAACACAGGGCAAACCGGGGGAGGAGGGGGGAAUAAGGCCAACCAAGACCGGGUGAAGAGGCCUAUGAACGCUUUCAUGGUAUGGUCCAGGGGACAGAGGAGGAAGAUGGCGCAGGAGAACCCCAAGAUGCACAACUCGGAGAUCAGCAAGAGGCUGGGGGCAGAGUGGAAAGUAAUGUCCGAAGCCGAGAAGAGACCGUUCAUUGAUGAGGCCAAGAGGCUGCGAGCCCUGCACAUGAAGGAGCACCCGGAUUACAAGUACCGGCCACGGCGGAAGACCAAGACCCUUCUCAAGAAAGACAAGUAUUCUCUGGCUGGGGGGCUGUUGCAUACAGCUGGUGGGGGGCACAUGGGGGUCGGCCUGAGCCCAGGUGGUGGAGGUGGUGGUGGAGGAGGAGGGGGAGCAGGUGGCGUGGUGGUGCAGCGCUUGGAGAGCCCUGGGUCAGGGGGAGCAGCCGGGGCUGGAGGAUACUCUCACAUGAACGGAUGGGCUAACGGGGCAUACCCCGGAUCGGUGGCCGCGGCGGCUGCGGCUGCCAUGAUGCAGGAGGCUCAGCUUGCUUACAGCCAGCAGCAACAACAGCACCCGGGCAGCGGGGGGCAUCACCCGCACCACCACCCGCACCACCCUCAUCAUCACCCGCACCAUCAUCCUCACCACAAUCCUCCUCAUCCGCCACCUCCUCCACCGCAGCCCAUGCAUCGCUACGAUAUGAGCGCCUUGCAAUACAGCCCCCUGCCCGGUGCACAGAGUUACAUGAGUGCAUCGCCUUCCAGCUACGGUGCACUUGGCUACAGCUCCAGCCAGCAGCAGCAUCAGGGCUCCCCAUCGUCGGCUGCCGUCGCAGCGGCUGCUGCAGCUGCGGCAGCGGCGGCUGCCUCAUCGGGGGCCCUAGGGGCCCUGGGAUCCUUGGUAAAAUCAGAGCCCAGCGUCAGCCCUCCAGUAAGCGGUGGAGGGUCACACAGCCGGCCGCCCUGCCCCGGAGACCUGCGGGAGAUGAUCAGCAUGUACUUACCCAGUGGGGGGGAGGCCGGGGAUCCUGCGGCUGCAGCGGCAGCAGCUGCAGCAGCUGCAGCGGCGGCAACCAGCAGACUACACAGCCUCCCCCAGCAUUAUCAGGGAGCUGGCACAGGGGUGAACGGUACUGUACCACUAACACACAUCUGACAAGCCAAGGGCACCUGGACACAAACACACCCCAGAAAUCCCUAAUUCUCGCAGAGAGACUUAGAGACCCCCCAAAAAACUGCCCUAAUAAUAUACCUGGAACAGAGCAAAUUCAUUAUGUACUUUUUUUUGGUUGCCAGAACUCUUUUUGUUUUGUACAGAGAUGUUUUGAUGUUCCCUCAACAACAACAACAAAAAAAAACAACCAAAAAAAUUAAAAACAAGGAAAAAUGAAGGUAAAACUUUGUUUCGUUAUUCUUUUUAGAAGAUUAACGCGAACUUGUUUUAGAAGGGAGGAAAUUCGUAUUUAAUGAAGAUUUUUUCUGUACAGUAUUUAUGAGUUCUUCAUAAAGGAUUUAGAUUUUGUACUCAAUUGAUAUGCCAACUCAUAAUGUGUUUUUUUUUCUUAUGAGAACUUUGCAGAUUUUACUUGGGUAAAUUUUCUGACCCCAA